AUGGGUAAUAGUUGUUCUUGUCAGUGCUAAACAAAAGGGAUGGAUGAAGUUGAACUCAAUACUAAUCAAAAACAGUUAAGCUAAUCAAAACCUAAUGCCAAAAUAGAUAUGGGUCAACAUUAGGAAGUUGAUGUAUAAAAGGGUAAUAAUAAAUAGGGGAAAGAAAAAAAUAUGGCUCAUCUUAAGGAUGAAGACGUUGCCUAAAUGGCAGGAGCAAGAAACAAUUCUAUAGAAGAUAGUUCUUCUCCAAAACUAAUGAAAAGAGAAAAUGGUAAAAUAUUAUGAUGGGAGUCUAGAUGAUAACAAACCAGAAGAUCGAUAUGUGUCAUUAGUUUAAUCGACAAAAGGAAAACUAACAAGGAUAAAGUUGAGUGCAAUAGAGAUGAAAAAUGGAGGAGUUUAUGAAGGGGAAUGGAAAAAUGGUUUGAGAGACGGUUAAGGGAAAUAUGUUUGGCCUGACAGAAGUUUUUAUGAGGGAGAAUGGGUUGAAGAUAAGGCAAAUGGAUUUGGAAAAUUAGGUAGAUUAAAAUUAUAAUAUUACAGUGCAUGUGGAUGGUGAUAUAUAUGAAGGUUAAUGGUUGGAUGAUAUGGCAAACGGUCGUGGAAUUUAUAUUCAUAGUGGUUAUUUAAUUGGAUAAUAAAUUAGGCGGAGCUCGAUAUGAAGGAGAUUGGAAGAACGAUUUAUAACAUGGUCAAGGAGUUGAAGUCUGGCCAGAUGGAGCAAAAUAUGAAGUAUAUAGAUGAUUAGUAUUAUAUUGUUAGGGUAGAUAUGAAAAUGGAAAGAAACAUGGCUAAGGCACUCUUACUUUUGCUGAUGGUAGUUUCUAUAAAGGGGAUUUCGUUGAGAAUGACAUCACUGGAUAUGGAGAAUAUUACUGGAAAGAUGGUAAAUCAUACAAAGGUUAAUGGAAUAAUAGUAAAAUGAAUGGAAAAGGUAUCACUCAAUGGGCAGAUGGUAAACGAUAUGAUGGAGAGUACAAGGAUGAUAAAAAGCAUGGUUUUGGUAUUUUCUAAUGGGAAAAUGGAAGAAUGUAUGAGGGAUAUUGGUUAAACGGCAAAUAACACGGAAAAGGGUUGAUCACUUUACCCAAUGGUGAGAAAAAAGAAGGAUAGUGGGAAAAUGGUAAAAGAAUUAAAUGGUUAAAUGCAGAUGAAUCACCAAAUAGUUGA